UUUCACUUCUGUUAUGCUCUGUUCAGCCCGCGACACAGGUGACGGAGGCCACGCUUCCCCACCAGCAGCGGCAGAACUGCUCAUUCCGCCCGGUCGUUCCUCCCCUCGACCGGUCUGGGCUCCAGGCCGCCGGCCGCGCGGGAGGCAGGCCCGGCGGGCAGGGCACCGUCGCUCCGCAGCAGGGCGUCGGAUUUAACCAGCAUAUGUCCUAAGACUGACCUUGUGACAAGGGAGCCACCAUGCUGCAGUCCUCCGGCCUAAAGUCCCUCCUUGCGGUCUGUGUCCUCGCCGCGUCUGCUUUCAGCACUGUGGAGCGUUAUCCGUGUACACAGUGUCUUCUUGAUGAAUGUGGAACCAACAGGCAGACGAUUUGUAAAACCUCUCACGGCUGCUUUAGCAACAAGCAAGAACUGAACACGUCAGGGCAGCGCUCGGAACUUUUCCAGCAGAAAGGCUGUUCUUCAAGCACGUGUGUCCCGCUGUCCUUCUCGGCCACACUGGGGAACGAGAAGACGUUCGCGUUCGGCCACCAGUGCUGCGCAGCGGCGCAGUGCAACCGGGAGCUGUUUCCAGCGCUUCAGAAAUCCUCGGACUCCAAUGGCGUUACGUGUCGCGCCUGCUUCAAUGAAACGGACCUUUCCUGCCACCCAACCCCGCUCACCUGCACAGGGGUAGAGACCAAGUGUGUGGAGGUUGUGGGCACAGCCGGCAAAAUCCUGGUGCUGUACGGUAUGGGCUGUGCGACCGAGGCUGCCUGCAGCCUGAGGGGUGCGGAAGUGCUGGGCAGCCUGAGAAUCAACGCCUACUGCGUAGACCCCAUCAGCGGAAGCCGCCCACUGGCACCCAUCCUCUCGUCCACCCUGACUGGCCUCUUCCUGCUGAAAGUCUCGCUUUGACCACUCAGGCUCUUCCCCCCACAGUCCCACAAGCACAGGGGAAACCUGGAGCCCUUGGAUGCGUCCUUUCCCCAGCCCCGCCCCCACGCCCCGCAACCCCAUCACAGAAUUAGAGUUGAUACCCCACAAGCAUGUGUGUGAUUACUUCUUUGCCCUUUAGGUUUAAAAACAUCCUACUCGCUCUUC